UAUAGCUUUUCGUCAUAUCAGUCGCGCGCUUGAAGCCGCACGGAGCGGACGCGUCGUUUGUAAAUUCGAAAAUAUACCGCGAGUGAUAACCGCGCGUGGAUAUUAAUUAAUUAUUAUUUUUUUGUUCAAUAUUAUCUGGAUUUCAAAUCGCACGCCAGCGAUAUUUCAAACAGUACCCCUCAUCCAUAUGACGCAGGCCGCUACAAGUUGUUGACAGUUGAACACAUAGACACACAAACAUGUCCUCCAAAGCCAUAUACGAGGCGACCGGCAAGGAUCUUAUUAACAGACACAUAGCUCCGGGCACAGCGUUGGUACCAUGCCGGUUUGCGACCUUCGAACAAGGGACCAUCUGGGAGGACGAGCUCGGCAAGAACCCAUGGCUAGCUAAAGAGCAACUAGUAGUAAAACCCGACCAGCUGAUCAAAAGGCGCGGCAAGCUGGGCCUGGUGGGCGUGAACAAGUCUGCGGCUGAAGUGAGGCGGUGGCUGAGCGAGCAUGUCGGCAAGGAGCAACAGGUCGGCGCUGCUGUGGGCAAGCUGAGGCAUUUCAUCGUCGAGCCGUUCGUUAAACAUGAUGCUAGCGAGGAGAUGUACCUGAACAUAAUGUCGGGCAGACGGUCAGACACCAUCCUGUUCCACCACCAGGGAGGAGUCGACGUCGGGGAUGUGGACGCCCUCGCACUCCGUCUCGAGAUUCCAGUUGACACGUUCCCUUCGGGCGAGGAUGUCGAGAGAGUACUGCUCAAAAACAUCAAAUCUGCUGCUAUGAAAAGACUACUAACAACAUUCAUCCUAGCUCUAUACAGAGUUUACGUGGAUCUAUACUUCACAUACAUGGAGAUCAAUCCCAUCGUGGUGACCAACGAGCGCAUCUACCUCCUGGACUUGGCUGCCAAGCUCGAUCAGACCGCUGACUUCAUCUGCGCCAAGAACUGGGGGGAGGUCACCUUCCCCCCUCCGUUCGGGAGGGACGCGUACCCUGAGGAGGCUCAUAUUGCUGAUUUGGAUGCUAAGAGCGGGGCUAGUUUGAAGGUUUUAAUAUUUUUCACACACAGCUAACAAAACAAAUCCGGUCGCAUUUGGACGAUGGUGGCCGGCGGCGGGGCGUCCGUGGUGUACACGGACACGAUCUGCGAGCUAGGCGGGGCCGGCGAGCUCGCCAACUACGGCGAGUACUCCGGGGCGCCCACCGAGACUCAAACUGCGGACUACGCCAAGACUAUCUUCAGUCUCAUGUGUAGAGAGAAGCAUCCUAAUGGAAAGGUGCUGAUCAUCGGCGGCGGUAUAGCCAACUUCACGAACGUGGCGGACACGUUCCGAGGCAUCAUCACCGCCAUGGAGACGUACAAGGAUGCCCUCAUCCAGUACAACAUCACCAUCUUCGUCAGGCGAGGCGGCCCCAACUACCAGGAGGGAUUGAGACAAAUGCGCGAGGUGGGCCACCGUCUCCGCAUCCCGCUGUACGUGUUCGGGCCGGAGAGCAACAUGACGGCCAUCGUGGGGCUGGCGCUGGGCCAGGCUCCCAUCCCCAAGGAACACCAGCUCGACUACGCGCCCAAACAGCUGCCCAAGCCGCAGGCUGCCCCAAAACCCAAGCUGGACAUACCAGAGAUGACCCACAAACUGCUGGACCUGGUGUGCUCCCAGGCGCCGACCAGGCAGGACCUGGGCCAGUGCCCCUCCACCGUCAUGUCGCUGUUCACCGACCGGACCAAGGCUAUCAUUUGGGGAAUGCAGAAUAGGGCUAUACAGGGUAUGUUAGAUUUCGACUACAUCUGCCGUCGCUCGGAGCCGUCGGUGGUGGCCAUCGUGUACCCGUUCACGGCCGACCACAAGCAGAAGUACUACUUCGGAAACAAGGAGGUGUUCAUUCCUGUGUACUCGGACAUGGACGUGUCGAUGCGCAAGCACCAGGAGGCCACCGUGCUCGUCAACUUCGCAUCGCUGCGCUCCGCCUACGACAGUACUAUGCAGGCGAUGCAACACCCCCAGAUCAACACAAUCGUGAUCAUCGCUGAGGGUAUCCCGGAGAACAUGACCAGGAAGAUUAUCAAGCUCGCUGACACUAGAGGGGUAAACAUAAUCGGUCCGGCGACGGUGGGCGGCAUCAAGCCGGGCUGCUUCAAGAUCGGCAACACGGCCGGCAUGAUCGACAACAUCAUCGACAGCAAGCUCUACAGGCCCGGCAGCGUGGCGUACGUGUCCCGUUCAGGCGGUAUGAGCAACGAAUUAAACAACAUCAUCUCUAAGGACGCGGACGGAGUCUGUGAGGGGGUGGCCAUCGGAGGGGAUCGGUACCCCGGCACCACCUUCAUUGACCAUCUCAUGAGAUACGAAGCAGACCCCAACGUGAAGAUGCUAGUCCUCCUGGGCGAGGUGGGAGGAGUCGAGGAGUACCACGUCUGUAAGGCAGUCAGGGAUGGGAAGAUCAAGAAACCCAUCGUCGCCUGGUGUAUCGGAACCUGCUCCGACAUGUUCACAUCGGAGGUACAGUUCGGGCACGCGGGCUCGCUCGCCGGCUCCACGGUGGAGAAGGCGGUCGCCAAGAACGCGGCGCUGCGGGCCUACGGCGCCGAGGUGCCCGACUCCUUCGAUACUCUCGGAGUUGCUGUUAACAAGGUGUACCAGAAACUGGUGAAGGAAGGCAAGAUUAUCGUGAAGGAGGAGGUGGAACCACCCAAAGUACCCAUGGACUACGACUGGGCGAGGAAACUGGGCAUCAUCAGGAAGCCUGCAGCAUUCAUCAGCACGAUAUGCGACGAGCGCGGCAACGAGCUGUCCUACUGCGGCGUGCCCAUCAGCCAGGUCCUGGAGCGGCAGAUGGGCGUCGGAGGCACCAUCAGUCUCUUGUGGUUCCAGCGCGAGCUGCCGGAGUGGGCGACGAAGUUCUUCGAGCUGGUGCUGAUAGUGACGGCGGACCACGGGCCCGCCGUCUCCGGCGCCCACAACACCAUGGUCACCGCGCGUGCGGGGAAGGACCUCAUCUCUUCCGUCGUCAGUGGGUUGUUGACUAUUGGCGAUCGUUUCGGCGGCGCGCUGGACCGCGCGGCGCUGGACUUCUGCGCGGCGUACGACCGCGGCCAGCACCCGCAGGAGUUCGUCAACGAGAAGCGCGCCAAGGGAGAACUCAUCAUGGGCAUCGGACACAGAGUAAAAUCAAUAAACAACCCGGACUCGAGGGUGCGCGAGCUGAAGGCGUACGUGACGUCUCGCUGGCCGGCGUGGCCCGUGACCCGGUAUGCGCUGGACGUGGAAGCCAUCACCACGAGGAAGAAGCCCAACCUGAUCCUCAACGUGGACGGCAUCGUCGCCGCCGCCAUGGUCGACAUGUUCAGACACUGCCAGCUGUUCACACAGGAGGAAGGCAACAACUACAUUGCGAUGGGCUCAAUCAACGCCCUAUUCGUGCUCGGCCGUACCAUCGGUCUAGUAGGCCACUACCUCGACCAAAAGCGCAUGAAACAACCCCUCUACCGCCAUCCAUGGGACGACAUCACAUACAUGUCGCCUCUAAACUAAAACCAUAAAAAUACCCCAUGGAUUGGACGGAAUUUAGCUAAAAAUGACCCCUAGAAACAAAUUUAUGUGAUUGUCACAAAUGAAUAAUAUUUUUUUGGUGUUUAAAGUUGUUUAGGUUUGAUUCCAGAGUCGUGUUUAUCGGGUUUCGAAAUUCUCUGUAAUGUAAAAUAAGCUUCAGGUUAAGAUUGCAGUGUAAAAGUUGUGGGGUUCGAUUCCCGAGUCGCGUUUUCUGUUUAAUAUCUCUGUAAUGUAUGUUAUUUUGUGUAUAUUACAUGGGACUUAUAACAUAAAUGGUGAAAAUGCGUUAUAUAUGUGCACUUUUUGAUAAAACAUUGUUUCUAUUUUUUAUUUUUGACCGUCAAAUGAGUAUGCUGUAAUAUAACAACGAAAUUCAACCUUAAUUUAUUAUUUAUAUGUAUAAAAAAAUUGUUAAGGAAUGACAUUAUAAUGUGUUUUUAUACAAUGGUCUUGUAAUUAUAAUAUUUCGAGGUGACACGACUAAUUUCGAGUUGACUUGAAAUCAGUCGAGCUAUAUCGUCUAACAGUUAAGUAAGUAUGAAAUACGAGAAUUUGAUUCUAAAAUAAAUCAUUAUUUUGACAUUAAAGUAUCUAUAAAAUAUUAAAAUGCGACUUUUUGACACCAAUUCUGCUUAUCCCACUUUUCAAACCGAUAUAAGACCAUUGUAUAAAGAACAGAAAACAGAUAAUAUAUUUUUAUUAUGAAUUUAAAAUAAUUUAAAUAUUAUUUUUGUACUUCGAAAAGUAGGUAAAUAAAUAAUACAUAAUAUAUAAGUUGUUCUAAAAGUAUCUGCCACGGCUUUAAUGGGAGGUAGUGUUGUGUUUGAAGAUUACAAUAGUGAAGAUAUUUCGUACCCCGGACCAGUUAAUUCAAUUUGAGAACAUAAAGAAGUUAAAUAAACAUUGACUUUAUUCUGCAUAAAGUGGUUCACAAAUACGCACGAUGCGACAGAGACAGUGAAAGAGAUAGCUCUUUCAUAACAAACUCAUACAUAGAUGUUUUUGUAUGAAAAAAGACUUAUAAUCAAUCAUUUAUAUUCACUAUUGUAAUCUUCAAACACAACACUACCUCCCAUAAAAGCCGUGGCAGAUACUUUUAGAACACCUUAUGUAUUAAAAAUAAAUUAGCAAAAUUAUAAAUUUGACAUUAAAUUGUUUUGACCAUGUCCAAUCCAGGGUAGAUGUUUUCUCGAUAAAAUAAAAUAUAAAUAAUAUAAAUAAAAUUGAAAUAUUUUAGGGGGAUUAUUAAGCAAAAAUGUUGUAACUGAAAAUACCGAUUUGUCUUCAUUCCAUUUCAAGGUUUUGUUGAAAUAUCAAUUUUUUUAUGUCGAAAUGUCAAAAUUCAUAAAUAAGUCAUUUCUGAUUGAAAGAUAUUGAAAAAACUUGAUAAUAAAAAUACUGCUUUGUUGAUUUUGGGCUUGAUUCCCUGGUCAAGCAAAGUAUUAUUGAGUAUUUUUCAAUUUCAAGAAAAUUCCAAAUAAUAGAUCGAUUCCCGCACGGAGCAACUGUUUGUGUGAUCCACAAAUUGUUGUUUCGGGUCUGGGUGUCAUGUGUAUGUGAACUUGUAUGUUUGUAAACGCAUCCACGAUACAAGAGACAAUCCUAGUGUGGGGCAACGUUUUUAAAAAACAAGUAUACUCCUAUAUACCUCUAUUUACUUCAGGGUUUGACACACCCACGUGAAGAUUAACGGUGGUAUUUAUACAUUUUGAUACACAAAUUGAUAUUUCAAUAGAAUCUUUAAGUAAAAAAAAAACAUUCAUUUAUUUAUUUAAUGACCAGGGUUUUACAGAGUGCUUGAGAAGUAACGAUACGCGGUUUCCAAUGUGUUCGAGCUGAUUCGAAGUACAUAUUAUAAAAGGGUAGGUAGCGAUUGAUAAAUGGAAGUUUUAAAUGCGUAGUAUAUGAUAAAGUUGUUGUUUAAUUUUUUAUUUUUCUAUUGUUCUCAAGUGCUCUAAUAUUUUUAAUUAAGUCACUCUUAGAUCUGUUGUUAAGCUGAUAUGAUAAUAUAAAUAUUUUACUGAUU